AGUAGAUUAAAACUUAUCUGAAGGUCCGGGUUGACCUUCCAUCUUACAGAAUGAUGGAUAGCUUAAAGCUUAUCUCCGGUCCUGGGUUGACCUUCCAUGUUAUAGAAAAGCGCCACCCGGAAUCUUGCUCCGCACUUUGGUCAAGGUCUGGAAAUUGAUAAGAUACAAUUGACAACGGAUACUUAUCUCGAGCAGAUGGUGGGAUGGGGAUAUAUAUUGCCAUGAGUCUCCCGUGAGAUGAUGCGAGACAAGCAUUUGUAAAAUUCGAGAUUUAGUUGCAGAGAUGGCCGACGUUAUUGAAAGUGUUCCCGGAACGGAAUAUCUCGUUGAUGUGAACCACAAAGCAGAAGUUGAACAUGCUGGGACUACUGGUUCUUCAGACAUUGUUCUGAUCCCACAGCCUACCGAAUGUGGUGGAGAUCCACUGAGAUGGUCAAGAUGGAAGAAGUACUACCAACUCUUUCUCGUGGCCUUUUAUGCUUGUGCUUUCUCGUACGGGGAAAACACUCUGGGUGCAGCGUGGACAACAGUCAGUGAGGACACCGGCGUUAGCCUCACGAAUAUGAAUGGAGGAAGUGCUUUGAACUAUCUCUUACUCGGCUUCGUCAACAUCUUCUGGAUCCCAGCAGCCAUGAAAAUCGGUCGUCGCCCCGUAUUCCUUAUCACAACAAUUUUCUGUCUCUGCGCUGGCGUCUGGCUAGGCGAGUUCCAUGGGACAGGCCAAUGGUUCGCUGCCAUGAUUUUGAAUGGUCUAGGCACGAGUGCUUAUCAGGCUGUCAUUCAACUAAGUGUCUUUGAUAUGUUCUUUGCGCAUGAGAGGGGUCGAAUGUUGAGUGUGUAUCUUUUUGGACAACAGCUUGGGUCGAUUCUUGGAUUGAUCACAGGAGGUUCAAUCGCUGAUACACCUGGCUGGCGCUGGAGUCAGUAUAUUGUUGCAAUCAUCGAUGGAGUUGUCCUCUUGCUUCUAUUUAUCAGCUUUGAGGAAACGCUCUUUCCUCGAUUUCUGUUUGGGCAAAGCGAUCCCUCGGAGCGACAUGCAUCAUGCUCAGGCGUCGACUCCGACGGAAAGCCGAUUCAAACAACAGUCACAGCGAAUGCAGAAGUCUCAUACGACUUCCCCAAGAAGAACUUUGUCGAGCGUCUCAAGCUGUGGACAUACUAUCCAGAAGAUAGAACGACGUACUGGCAGUACUUCAGACGUCCGUUCUUCUUGCUGUCUUUCCCUAAUGUCAUCAUUGCAGGAUUCAUCUUCGCAUUCGGCUGCACCGCAGGAAUCGUCUCCUUCAACACGAUCUCCGAGAUCCUUACCGAACCCCCAUACAACUGGUCCACCACCGCAACAGGACUCGUCUUCCUCGCCGCCCUCGUUGGCAACAUCGUAGGUUGGGCAACCGGUACACUCUCCGACCAAAUCGUCAUCCGCUUAGCAAGACGUAACAACGGCAUCAAGGAACCAGAGAUGCGUCUCUGGACCCUUGGUUUCUCAAUGGUGUACGCUCUUCUAGGAUAUUUCCUCUACGGCUGGGGUGCCCAGACUGGCGCCCACUGGAUGACCAUCGCCUUUGGCGUGGGCUGCAUGAUCGCGCAUCAAGUGAGCGCUUGCUCUAUCGCUACUGCGUACGCCAUGGAAUCUUUCCCUGGGGUGUCCGGGGAAAUGGUGGUCAUUCUGGCGAUGUGUAGCUCUUUGAUCAACUUCGCCUUCUCGUAUUCGGUGCAGCCCUUCAUCAACGCGGCCGGGUAUGGAUGGACAUUUACGUUCUUCGGCUUGGCGGUUUUUGCGUCGAUGGUUGCUGCGGUGCCGAUGAUAGUUUAUGGGAAGAGGUGGAGAGUCAGGUGUGCACCGAAGUAUUAUCGCUUUAUCAAUGAGAGCAGGUGGGAGUAAGGGGAGGUUCAGAAGGGGUAGGGAAGGAAAGAUAAACGCAAGGGUUACAACUCAUAUUGAGCUAGGAUGGUUGCGCGGCAUACUCGUGUACAGGGAAAGGUGGAUGUAAGAAAGGGUAUAGAUGGAUCUGUUGGAUUCGAGGUAGGAUUAUAUUUUGAACAUAAAGCGAUAAACAUGUAAGCGAGAGCCAAGGCGCUGUAAAAACACGAACUGCAAGUAGCUUUAUAUUCUCGUAACGACUGGAGCAGACUAUUACAUCCUCCU